AUGGUGAUGGCUGUUGAGGAGGGGAGUGUCUCCUGGAGAUUCCCCAGGGACGGAGGAGGGUUCCCCAGCCGUGGUCCGGCCCGUGACCCCCCCACCUCCACCCUGCAGGACUCAGGGCCUCGGAAGAGCAGCUCCUCCCGGUCCUCCAGGAAGAGCUUCCGUCUGGACUACCGGUUGGAGGAGGAGGUGACUGGGUCGAGCCGGGACAAACAUGGCCGCUUCACAAACCCCUGGUCCACGUGGAAGUUCCCGUCCUGGUCCACCCUGCUGCGCUUCUUCCUGUUGGAGAAGGAUCACAGCAAUGUACCCAGCUCUAAAGAGGUCUUAGACAAAGAGCUCCCAGUAGUGGAGCCUUGGUUCCUCCGUGUCCCCGAAGCAGCAGACGGAGCCGUGGGGUCUGGUCUCAGGGUGACCUGGCUGGGCCACGCAUCAGUCCUGGUAGAGAUGGACGGCCUGGUCAUCCUCACUGACCCCAUCUUCAGCCAGAGGGCGUCUCCCUUCCAGUUCAUGGGUCCCAAGAGGUACCGGGAUCCCCCUUGUACGGUUGAUCAACUCCCCCGGAUCGACGCGGUUGUCAUCAGCCACUCCCACUACGACCAUCUGGACGCGGGCACCGUGACCCAGUUGAACGAGCGGUUCGGUGGGGAUCUCCGAUGGUUUGUGCCGUUGGGACUCAUGGACUGGAUGCAGAAGAGCGGGUGUGAGAAUGUGAUAGAGUUAGACUGGUGGGAGGAGAACUGUGUGCCAGGUCACGAUGAGGUCACGUUUGUGUGUACGCCGGCGCAGCACUGGUGCAAGCGUACCCCCACGGAUGAUAACCAGGUGCUGUGGGGGAGCUGGUCUGUCCUGGGGCCCUGCAACCGCUUCUUCUUUGCUGGAGACACCGGCUACUGCUCGUCCUUCCAGGAGAUUGGGAGGCGCUUUGGUCCGUUCGACCUGGCGGCCAUACCCAUCGGCGCGUACAUGCCCAGGUAUGGAACUAGUGUAGAGAUGUCCUGCCCAGGUAUGGAACUAGUGUAGAGCUGUCCUACCCAG